AUGAGCCUCGAAAAGAUCUCCAACAACAAGGCUUUCGGCGGUGAGCUCGUCAAGUACAAGUUCCUGUCUGCUGCGCUCGGCGGGCUGAACGCGAACUUCAACCUCUUCCUCCCCGCGAACGCGGCUAACGCGAAGGUGCCAUUGCUCAUCUACCUCUCCGGGCUCACUUGCACCGAGGAUAACGGCGCGCAGAAGGGCGGCUUUCUGGGCGAUGCGGCCAAGGAGGGUAUUGCGCUCUUGUUCCCCGACACCUCCCCGAGGGGCGCAGGCGUCGAGGGCGAGGACGAUGACUGGGACUUUGGCACCGGGGCGGGCUUUUACUUGAACGCGACCAAUCCCAAGUACGCCAAGAACUACAACAUGCUUACCCACGUCACCGUCGAGCUCCCCGAGGUCAUCCAGGCAGCAGGCAUCCCGAUCGAUUUCUCGCGGCAGUCGAUCUUCGGUCACUCCAUGGGUGGCCACGGCGCGCUGACGUUGUACCUCUCCUCGCAGCUGAGCGGCGCGAAACAGUUCCGUUCCGUCUCCGCGUUCUCGCCCAUCUCAAACCCGACCAAAUGCCCGUGGGGCCAGAAGGCGUUCAGCGGGUACCUCUCAGGCGGCGUCGAGGAGGCCAGGAAUAGGUACGAUGCGACAGAGCUCAUCUCGAAGAUGGGCAAGGAACCGGUGCAUGUGCUCAUUGACUAUGGAACUGGAGACAACUUUUACAAGCAGGGCCAGCUCCUCCCUGAGAACUUCCUGAAGGCAGCUCGCGACGUUGGUUACGACGAGGUUCAAGUGCGCGUGAGAAGCCAGGAAGGUUAUGAUCACAGCUACUACUUCAUCUCAACUUUUGGAGCGGACCACAUUCAUUUCCAUGCGAACUUCCUUAAGGCGUGA